AAAUAUAAAAAAGCUCAACACACUCCCUAGAGCUUCCUCUGCUCGCCUGGUAUCAUUGCUAGACACACACUAACAGACACUUUUCUUCUGUUUUCUUCCAUCCAGGAUGAGCUGGCGGUUUGCUUCUCUGCUGCUCUGCAUCCUGGCUUCCGGAUGCCGGGCCACAACUUCCUCCCACGGGCUGCUGCCUCAGUUUCUCUCCCCUGGCUGCAAUCACUCCCAGGUUUCGUCAGUGGCAGAAUUCGCUCUCCAUCAAAUUAACGCUGACCAAAACGAGGGCUAUAUAUUACGCCUAAACCAAGUCGCCAACGUCCAUGAACAUCGCCAGGAAGCCGUAGGCUCUGUCUACUAUCUCACCAUGGCAGUGUUAGAAACUCAAUGUCAUGUACUCAGCAGGAAACGAUGGAGAAUGUGUAAAACCAGGCCCCUCCAUAAAUCGGUCUAUGGCAAGUGCAAAGCAGUAUUUCACCUUAGCAAGCCAAGAAGAAUUCUGCAUCUGCUAGCCUAUAACUGCACCCUCCGCCCUGUUUCUCAGAAGGAAAUUGCCUCUACGUGUCCUGACUGCCCAACCCCCAUCUCAACGACGGACAGCUCUGUCCUUGCUGCGGCUACCGAAUCGCUUGCCAAAUUAAACGCAGAGAAUACGACGUCUAAAUAUUCUCUCGUCAAAAUCACCAAAGCGUCGAUGCAGUGGGUGUUUGGGCCUAGCUACUUUGUGGAAUAUUUGGUUAGAGAGAUGCCAUGCAGCAGGUCCCCGUCGGAUCCUUGCAGGUGUUCGCUCCAUUGCAACGACCCUGACCCGGUUGGUCUUUGUGUGGGUUCUGUGAGUCAAGAUGGUGAGGAGAAGUCUGUCUCAGCAUCCUGUAAUUUCUUUGGAAAACAGGUUUCUGAUCCCAGAAAAGGAAGAUCUGGAGCUAGCCAUGUUCCUGAGCACCAGCAUGAGCACCAGCACGAGCACGGGCACCAGCACGAGCACAAGCAUGGGCACGGGCACCAGCACGAGCAUGGGCACGAACACCAGCACGGGCACGAGCAUGGGCACCAGCAUGAGCACGAGCACGGGCACCAGCAUGGACACCAUCAUGAGCACGAGCACGGGCACCAGCACGAACACCAGCACGGGCACCAGCAUGAGCACGGACACCAUCAUGAGCAGGAGCACGGGCACCAGCACGAACACCAGCACGGGCACCAGCAUGAGCACGGGCACCAGCAUGAGCACGAUCACGGGCACCAGCACGAACACCAGCACGGGCACCAGCAUGGGCACCAGCACGAACACCAGCACGAGCACCAGCACGGGCACGAGCACGAGCACUGGAACCAAACCCACCCCAGACCCUACCCCGGGCCCCCACACAAGCACCCGCACGGACACCCGCCCAGUCACGAUCAUUUCUCCAGGAGGCCCCGGAGGCCGGUCGGAUCCAUUCAGAUUCUCCCCGCUUUGGAGAGCGAGCAAGGAGAGGCUUCCCAGCAAGAUCCAUUCCCGGUUCAGGUGACCUGGACCUACCAUCCCGAGGCAGGGCCUCAGGGCUUUCCCAGUGACUGCCCAGUCGUUCUGCAGUUCCCCGAGGAGAGGGCAGAAGGGUGUCCAGGGACCCCCCAGAAUGACAACCGCUUGAUUCUCCCCUCUUGAAGGGCCAACGAGGCGCCUGGUACUUUAGGCCAGAGAGUAACGAGGAGGCAUCCCGCUUCAGCUAUGUUCUGGAGAAUAAAAUCCAUUUUCCCGCUCUGA